AUGUCGAAGCGAGGUCGCGAAGGAUCGGCGGGAAACAAGUUCCGCAUGUCACUGGGUCUUCCUGUGGUGGCUACGGUCAACUGUGCUGACAAUACCAGCGCGAAGAAUCUCUACAUCAUAUCAGUGAAGGGGAUCAAGGUUCGUUUGAAUCGAUUGUCGUCUGCUUGUGUGGGAGAUAUGGUUAUGGCGAUGGUGAAGAAAAGAAAAACUGAUUUGAGAAAAAAGGUCAUGCCUACUGUCAUUGUUAGACAACAUAAUGCUGGUGUGAUAGUGAAUCCUAAGGAAGAAAUGAAAGGUUCUGCCAUUACUGGUUCAAUUGGGAAGGAAUGUGCUGAUUUAUGA